AUGGCUGUGGCAGAUUCGGAUUAUCGUUUUAUUUACGUUAAUGUGGGAAGCUAUGGAAAAGAUUGUGAUUCCAAUAUAUUCAAGAACUCCCCACUUUGGACAAGAAUAAAAAAUGGAAAUAUAGGCAUCCCUGAAGCGAAAUGUCUUCAUGGAACAACAAGCCCAGCAGUUCCAUAUUUCUUGGUGGGAGAUGAAGCAUUUGCUCUCGAUAAGCAUCUUCUUCGCCCAUUUGGUGGACAUAAUUUGACAACAAAACAACGAAUUUUCAAUUAUCGACUAUCCAGGGCAAGAAGGUAUAUAGAAUGUGCUUUUGGAAUUUUGAGCAAUAAAUGGAGGAUUUUUCACCGCCCAAUUAAUCUCGAUACUGAUUUUGCUACAGACAUAGUAAAAGCGUGCGUUGUUUUACAUAAUUUUGUACGUCUUCGAGAUGGAUAUGACUUUGGCGAUAUUAUGACAAUUAAUGGACUGGAAGAUAUAGCUUCAGCAUCGCAAGUGCAAAGAGAAACAUCAGGGAACAACUUGAGAAAUGUUAUGGCCGAUUAUUUUGUAACCCCCGCGGGAUCAGUUAGUUGGCAGUUAUCUAAAAUUUAA